AUGACUUUUCAGGAAUAUACCGCAGUCGUCCUUGACCUGGGCCGAGUGCUCGUCAACUAUACAACCAAAAACACCGUCGGCCUAUCGUCAAGCCAGAUUGCCAGUGCUCUAGACUCACCUGGCUGGCAUGGCUAUGAACGAGGCAAAAUCUCCGAACAACAGGCUUACGAUAAAGUUAUGCAAGACUUUAACAUUGAUCUCGAGACAUGGACACAGGCUCUGGAACAGAUGAGGGAUGGCAUGAAGGCCAACCAGUCCCUCAUAUCUUCCAUCAAAGAACUGAAGCAUAUUUACCCAAACGUCAAUGUCUUUUGUCUGUCCAAUAUCCCCAGACCGGAAGUUGAGCUUCUGAAAUAUGAGAUUGAAAGUUGGGGAAUUAUCGACCGGUUCUCUGCGUCGUCGGAUCUGAGAGAGCGAAAGCCUGACCUGGCGAUUUACAGAGAGUUUCUGAAGCAAGCGCGGGUGCCUGCAUCAUCGUGCAUUUUCGUUGAUGACAAAAUUGAUAACGUCACUGCGGCUCAGACACUAGGCUUCAAAGGCAUCGUCUUCAAAGACAAUGAUUCAUUGGUCAGAGUCCUUCACCAUUCACUGGGCGAUCCUGUUGCCCGGGCCAGAACGUUUCUUCGUCAGAAUGCGAAAAGGAUGUUCUGCACACUCAGUACAGGACAGAUGCAGCCUGACAAUUACUCACAGUUGGUGAUUCUGCAAAACACAGGAAAUAGGGACUUGGUUGUCCUAGAGAACGAGCGGUAUACUUGGAAUUACUUCCAGGGAAAGCCAACCUUUGCUGGGACGACAUAUCCGGACGACUCAGACACGACGUCGCUAGCCAUGACAAUUCUAGAGAGAAUCCCUAUGGCUGACAAGGUGCAAGCAAGAGAUAAAAUUCUCUCGAAUCUAAGCCCCGACGGACUCCCAUACUGCUGGUUCAGCAAGACGAGACCUCGCUUCUGUCAUUGUAUAUGCGCCACCGUCUUUCGUUUCUUCGUCAUCAACGAGUGGCAAGAUAAGCUUCCAGGAGUCUACGACUUUCUCUGCCAGCUCCUCGAAACAAGGGCUUACCUCCAUGGAAGCCGGUACUACGAAAGUCCAGAUUGGCUGCUUUACAUUCUCUCUGAUCUCUGCGCCCGUCGACCUUCAGACCCGAACCUUGAAAAGAUGCGAGAACUACUUGUCGUAUGUAUACAAGAGCGCAUGGGCUGUAAUGGUAAUAUUCUCAGUGCGGCGAUGAGAAUUAUGAGUGCACAGUCUUUGGGCUUGAAGAACGAUAGAGAUCUUGGGACUGUGCUUGAGGGUCAACAGGUCGAUGGUGGAUGGGAGCUGGCGUGGUUGUGGGGAUACGGUUCUAAACCGCUUAAGAUUGGGAGCCGAGGUGUUGUCACGGCUAUGGCUAUGAAUGCGAUUCGGCGUGCACAGGCAUAA